AUGGAGAGUUUGGAAGACAGCAAACAAGCGUAUCAAACUAUACAUAUAACCUUCUCAUUGCUCCAGAGUUUGGAAGACAGCAAACAAGCGUAUCAAACUAUACAUAUAACCUUUUCAUUGCUCCAGAGUUUGGAAGACAGCAAACAAGCGUAUCAAACUAUACAUAUAACCUUUUCAUUGCUCCAGAGUUUGGAAGACAGCAAACAAGCGUAUCAAACUAUACAUAUAACCUUUUCAUUGCUCCAGAGUUUGGAAGACAACAAACAAGCGUAUCAAACUAUACAUAUAACCUUUUCAUUGCUCCAGAGUUUGGAAGACAACAAACAAGCGUAUCAAACUAUACAUAUAACCUUUUCAUUGCUCCAGAGUUUGGAAGACAACAAACAAGCGUAUCAAACUAUACAUAUAACCUUUUCAUUGCUCCAGACUUACGAAGACAACAAACAAGCGUAUCAAACUAUACAUAUAACCUUUUCAUUGCUGCAGAGUUUAGAAGUCAGCAAACAAGCGUAUCAAACUAUACAUAUAACCUUUUCAUUGUUCCAUAGUUUGGAAGACAACAAACAAGCGUAUCAAACUAUACAUAUAACCUUUUCAUUGCUUCAGAGUUUGGAAGAGAGAGAGAAGCGGCAUUCCGGUCACAAGGAGCAGCUUGCGCGCGAGCAGCGCUACCUCAGGCGGCGGCUGGCGCAACUGCGGGCGGCGCCGUGCGACGUGCCCCUGCGCACGCUCGGCGAGACGGUGUUACCGCACAGCACGCGCGCCGACUCGCUCUCCUCGCUCGAGUCCUCAUCUACCAGCGACCAUUACGUCUGCCACCGCACCGCUCGGAGACCCCCCGUCGAGGUCAAAGUGCUUCCGAAAUAG